UAGUCGUUAGAAAUUCUUUAGGCACUUCGGUUUCCCCUUUUCUUUUCCCCCUCGGCAAGCCACUUCCCUAUUUUAAUUUUCUCGUUUUCUCUCUCCUCUUAGCACAUCGGCGCAUUGUAAACUCAAAAAAAGGAAAAACAAUGGCGACAGCUCUUACCGAAAGAAGCAGCCCUGCAACAAUGGGCGGCACCGCCACCACUCACGGCGAUGGAUUGCGGCAGUAUUAUCUCAAACGGAUCAACGAACUCGAACAUCUUCAUCGGCAGAAAACUCUUGAUCUAAGCCGUCUCGAAGCGCAUCGUAAUGAGCUCAAUUCUCAAGUCAGGAUGCUUAAAGAGGAACUAAUGCUGCUUCAAGAGCCUGGAUCAUAUGUCGGUGAAGUUGUCAAAGUUAUGGGAAAGUCUAAGGUGUUGGUCAAGGUUCAUCCCGAAGGGAAAUAUGUUGUUGAUGUUGACAAGAGCAUUGACAUCACAAAACUCACACCCUCCACCAGAGUUGCUCUUCGCAAUGACAGCUAUGUCCUCCAUCUAGUCUUACCAAGUAAAGUUGAUCCUUUGGUGAACCUCAUGAAAGUUGAGAAAGUUCCUGAUUCUACUUAUGACAUGAUUGGAGGUUUGGAUCAGCAAAUCAAAGAGAUAAAGGAGGUUAUUGAGCUUCCGAUCAAACACCCUGAAUUAUUUGAGAGUCUUGGUAUUGCUCAACCAAAGGGAGUUUUGCUCUAUGGUCCACCCGGUACUGGCAAAACGCUGCUUGCUAGGGCAGUGGCACAUCACACUGACUGUACAUUCAUAAGGGUUUCUGGGUCAGAGUUAGUUCAGAAGUAUAUUGGAGAAGGUUCCCGAAUGGUUAGAGAACUUUUUGUCAUGGCCAGAGAACAUGCUCCGUCCAUUAUAUUUAUGGAUGAAAUUGACAGUAUUGGAUCAGCAAGAAUGGAAUCUGGAUCUGGAAAUGGGGAUAGUGAAGUUCAAAGAACUAUGCUGGAGCUUCUCAAUCAAUUAGAUGGAUUUGAAGCAUCAAAAAAGAUUAAAGUUUUGAUGGCCACAAAUCGUAUCGAUAUUUUGGAUCCAGCUCUCCUUAGACCCGGAAGGAUUGAUAGGAAGAUCGAAUUCCCCAAUCCAAAUGAAGAUUCUCGUGGUGACAUCUUGAAGAUCCACUCUAGAAAAAUGAAUUUGAUGCGCGGGAUUGACUUGAAGAAGAUUGCAGAAAAGAUGAAUGGUGCUUCUGGUGCAGAGUUAAAGGCUGUAUGUACUGAAGCAGGUAUGUUUGCUUUGAGGGAGAGAAGGAUUCACGUAACACAAGAAGACUUUGAAAUGGCUGUGGCGAAGGUGAUGAAAAAAGAUAAUGAAAAGAACAUGUCCUUGAGGAAGUUGUGGAAGUAAUCUUCACCAUGUCUAUGUAUUUUUUCUAUCUAGUGGUAUUGAUUUUUCCAUUGAACGACUGACAGAGAACAGAAAAUCAUGUUAGUUCAUAGCAAACUGAAUAGCUAAAAACAGAUGAAUGUAUACCUUCCUAUUUUUAGAUCUUUGGUGUGUUUUGUAGAUUA